AUGUUUGUUAAUAUUUUGCCCUAUCGCUUCAAACUUGAUCCUCAACAAACAUUUGACGAUAUUGUCGAACAAGUUAAACAAUUAUGCGUGGAAAUAUUUCAGUAUUCCUAUUUACCUUACCAAGAAUUAGCACAAUUACAGUGUUCACAAUGGGACAAUGAAACAAUAGCAUUAUUGAUGCCUUAUGUACAAGUACCGUUUAAUUAUCUUUCAUUCUGA